CCAUCACUCCGCGACGCACUACUCCCUCCUCUUUCUUGCCCGCUCGACUAUCCCACCAGUCACCACCACCACAGCACCACCCCACCCGUGCGCGGCGGCAGCGGCAGCACCGCGUGCGCCGGGGAGACCCGGGCCCUAGCCUGCUCAGUCUCGCCGGAGCGGCGGCAAUGGCUGCGGGCGGCGAUGCGUGAGUGCGCGCGGCAUGGGGAAGGAGGAGGGCGGGGGGCGGCAGCAGCCGACGCCGGCGGAGGGAGGGCCAGGAGGAAGCGGCGGCGGAGGAGGCGGAGGAAGAGGAAUAGCGGGGUGGUGUAGCAACUGGUGCAGCGGGGCCGUGCGGCCGCAAUGCGUGGGUGCGCUGCUGCUCGGCGCCGCCGUGGCGCUCUCCGCGCUCUUCCUGCUCCCGCCCUUCGCGGGGCGGCGCGGCGGCGCCGCCGCGCCGGAUCAGGGCGGCGCGUUCGCAGCUGAUGUUGUGGCAAGCUUUAUGCUACAGAAGACAGUUUCUGAGCUGAGUGGAAGUACAUCUAAGCUUGAAUUUGACAUCUAUGAGGAAGUUGGCAUCCCUAACUCAACUGUGGCUAUAAAUUUUCUACAACCAUUAGGUGCAUCAAAUUGGUCAUAUGUGAUCUUCAGUAUUAUUCCUUAUCCAAUAUUCUCAACUAUGUCACCAACUUGGUUGAGCAUCCUUAGGGCUUCUUUUAUGUCCUUGGUUGUAGAGCAGUCAAAACUCCACCUGACAGAGUCUCUAUUUGGGAGUUCAUCAAACUUUGAGGUGCUUAAGUUCCCUGGUGGAAUUACCAUUAUCCCUCCACAGGCUGCGUUUCUUCUUCAGAAACCCUAUGCAUCUUUCAACUUCACUCUGAAUUUCCCAAUCUACAAAGUACAAGAGAAAACAAAUGAGUUGAAACACCAAAUGAAGUCCGGACUACGUCUCAAUCCUUAUGAGAACCUCUACAUCAAAUUGACAAGUUCAAAAGGUUCAACGGUUGCUCCUCCAACAAUUGUUGAGGCCUCCAUAGUUCUUGAAGUUGGAAAUCAUCAGCCAUCCGUUCCAAGGAUGAAACAGUUGGCCCAAACAAUAGCUAAUUCGUCCUCAGGAAACUUGGGACUGAAUCACACUGUGUUUGGCAGAGUAAAGCAGAUAAGCCUUUCUUCUUAUCUUAGACAUUCUUUGCACAGUGAGGGUGGAGGUGGUACUGAUGCAUCUAGUCCAGCACCUAUGCCUUAUCAAGAUCAUCCUCACCACCACCACCACCAUCACCACCACCACCACCGCCACCAUCAUCACCAUGAACACCAUCACCACCAUCACAAUAGUCAUGAGGACAAGAAGCAUUUUGCUCCAUCUCCUGCUCCUGUAUAUUCUCCUGUCCAACAGCCCAAAUAUAGAUCUCCAUCCCCAUCUUGUCCAUACGGAUACGCCAACAAGCCAAAGAAUAAAGCUCCUGUAGGCCCAACUGCUGAACCAGUAGCUAGUAACCAUCAUUAUGCUUCCCCUGCAACCAUACCUUGUGCAGUGCUGCCACCAUCCAUUAGUUCAUCGCCUUCUGUUCAUCACUCUCCUAAUAAUCCCAGGAGACACAACAGUGCCCUCGCUCCUUCUCCAGCACUUGCGAAGCCCCAUUUGCAUACAGCAACUCGCGUUCCUGGACAUCAUCCUGCUCCAACACCAGCUGUGCCCCCCGCUCCUCAUUCAUCAUAUGCCACACAAAGGUAUUCUUCUUGCCUUUGGCAGUGGGCCCUCACACUGCUCAUGUGUAUGCUGAUGGGUCUGCCAUGACGAGGGCAACUGUUAGGAACUAAAAAUAGUCCAGAACAAGCAGAACUGCUGUUCCGAGACGGUUGUAGGCACAGAAUAAUGCAACCAGGCUGGAGGUGAUGUUGUAUACUUGGAGAGCGUGUGUAUAUGGAUAGGGGAUAUAAAGCAGCAACUGGGCAUCUGUGGGUAUGUGUGUAUAGUGGCCAAAGCCAGAUGCGGCAGGCCCCUGUGUGUUUGCACAUAUGUUUGCCCUGCGUUGCUCAAAACACAGAUGGUGAAAUCCAGUAUAGGCGCUUACACAAAAAGAGUUGCCUCCAGUUCUCUGGGACUCGGAAUUUGUGUUGGCCGA